AUGAUGAAUUCUCUUUGUGGGAGUAUGGGGUCUAUUAAGAGUGAAAUCUCAUGCACCUCCGAUCUCAAACCACCGUCUCCGAACGAAUCGACAACCAUGUCCAUUUCCAUGUCCGAAUCUAAGAAAACCACAACUCCUCCAUCCUCUGAGAUGGAGCAGAGCAGCCUAACCCCGCCCAGCCUCAACUUUCCAACACUCAAGUUCGAGUUAGACGGUGAUGUUGAAGUCCAAUCGCCCGACCAUUCCAUAUGGGAGUCUUUAUUCUCAGAACAGUUUGAUACCGACUUCAUGGUCUUAUCGCCAGUCCCAAACAACAUGCCUGAUUCACCCCAGCCAGGCUCUUCCUUAUCAGCUGCUCAUAAUACUUACAAUUACAACUAUGCUCAGUCCAUGCAGGGCCAGAGCCUCUCAGGUUGCUCUCCUCCUCGGUUUUCGCCUCAUCUUGGAGCCUUCAGCAGCACCCACAACCCCAAAGGGAAGGGACUGAGCCCUCUCCGGAGGGUCUUCAACUCCCCUGUCAAUCAAUAUAUGCAGCCAGCUGAUCAGAACAUGCAGUCAAUGCCUCCUGCAUCUAUUGAAGACUUCUUGGAUGACUAUCAAAGAGACAGCUUCAUAGCAGCCUACCAAAAUCCAACAACAUCAUCAUCGAAGAUGUCUGGAACCUCAUCGCAGUCUUAUAAUCCUCAUGACAUGCCAACAUCUUCAACAGUUCCAGCUGCCCCCUUGGACUGCCUGCCAAUGCAGAAUUCUUCAAGGUUUAGCCGAUCCGCGAGUGAAACGUCGUUGGUUACGGCAGGUAAUUCUCAAAUGACCCAAGAGAGCAGGGCCAGUGCAUAUCAGCAGAUGGGCUCAAAUUGUGGCGCACCACUAUCACAGCAACUGCAACAAGAACGCCAGCAAGAGAAGCAACAACAACAACAGCCGUUGAUGCAUCCCAUAAAACACCAACUCCAUCACAACCUUAAUUACAUGGCCCCUAAUCUUCCUAUGGCUCCUGAACAGGAACAAGAUAGUGGGCUCCAACUGGUUCACCUCCUUCUGGCUUGUGCGGAGGCAGUUGCAAAAGAAGACUUCAUGUUAGCCAGAAGGUAUCUCCACCACCUCAACAGAGUGGUGACGCCUCUCGGCGACUCCAUGCAACGUGUCGCUUCCUGCUUCACGGAAGCCCUAAGCGCCCGCCUCGCCGCCACUCUAACAACCAACCCAGCUGCCUCCGCCCCUAAACCCUUCUCCCCUUUCCCUCCCAACUCCCUCGAAAUCCUCAAAAUCUACCAGAUCGUCUACCAAGCCUGCCCCUAUAUUAAAUUCGCCCACUUCACCGCCAACCAAGCCAUUUUUGAGGCCUUCGAGUCCGAAGAACGUGUCCACGUCAUCGACCUCGAUAUCCUUCAAGGAUAUCAGUGGCCGGCUUUCAUGCAAGCCUUAGCAGCCCGCACCGGCGGAGCUCCGUUUCUGCGGAUAACCGGGGUGGGCCCCUGUAUUGAGGCUGUGAAAGAGACGGGCCGUUGUUUGACCGAAUUAGCCCUCUCUCUUCAUGUCCCGUUUGAAUUUCACGCAGUCGGGGAACAACUCGAAGAUCUCAAGCCACACAUGUUCAACCGAAGGAUCGGCGAAGCCCUGGCCGUGAACACGGUGAACCGACUCCACCGAGUUCCGGGCAAUUAUCUUGGGAACGUGUUAGCAAUGAUCCGUGACCAAGCACCCAAUAUCGUGACUUUGGUCGAACAGGAAGCGAGCCAUAACGGGCCCUACUUUUUGGGGAGGUUUCUUGAGGCUCUGCAUUAUUAUUCAGCCAUUUUCGACUCGCUGGACGCGACGUUUCCGCCUGACUCAGCGCAGAGGGCGAAGGUGGAGCAGUACAUAUUUGCACAGGAAAUCAGGAACAUUGUGGCGUGUGAAGGGGCGGAGAGGACGGAGAGGCAUGAGAGAUUGGAGAAGUGGAGGAAGGUGAUGGAGAGCAAGGGGUUUAAGAGCGUGGCGCUGAGUGCAAACGCGGUGACUCAGUCGAAGAUAUUGCUGGGUUUGUAUUCCUGUGAUGGGUAUAGGAUGACGGAGGACAAAGGUUGCUUGCUCUUGGGGUGGCAGGACAGGUCUAUAAUGGCUGCUUCUGCAUGGAGAUGCUAAACUUGCUCAUGAUCUCAUUCAACUUGUUUUUGCUUUUACGUACACGUACGUGCCUGCUUCAUUGGAGUUUUCUUUUCUGUUUUUUUUUUUUCUUUCUAAUCAGAUACUUGUUUUUUUGGUUUAUAUUAUUUGUUUUUGUUUAAGAUCUAGAAAGUAUGAAUAAUGGUUUCAUUCUCUUUCUUGAUCAAUACAGGGCUCUGAUUUUCGUCCAGCAUUCUGUCGUAACCACUGGACACUGAGAUCUGAUAAUAAACAAUUGGUGUGUUGGUGGUAAGUAAGAGGAUCCGGGAGGGAUUUUAUUAUGGAAAAUGUUAGGCUUACCACAUUUUUCAUAUCACAUUGUGCACUACCUCUCUAAUAGAAAUGAGUCCCAUUGUAAUUUGUUAUGACGCUGAUAUCUAAUUUGUUACUACAAGGUAUAAAGAAUGCAAUUUAAAAUCAAUUAUCCAUAACUGAUUCAAUAUAUUAGGCGGGUAAUCUGUUUCUUACUACAUCAUCAUGGGUUUGACAUUUCAAAUACUAAUUUGUAACAGUCAAACAAACAAAGAAUUUGCCACGUAUUUAAAAUGCGAGGCUAAAAUAGUACUUUUCCUGUU